UGGCUAUACCUAAAUCAGAUUAGCAGACAGAUCCAUGCUCGCUGUUUGAACCGCCGCUUGAGAAGACUAAAAACGCAACACCGCCACCGCCACAGCCACAGCCGCUGAGACAUUUAAACUAUAAAUUUCAUGUAAUGUCGCAGGCAAUUCAUCUAAUCUCCAGGAACGUCCCAGGUUAUGUGCCAUCAGAUGGCACAUGUCUCCCAUGCUCAGGAGUUUCUGGGAGAGCAGUCAAUGUGUCACCUUGCUCUUCUCGUGGUGACUACAAAACCUUUUCACUGGUCAAGAAUGUAACUUUAAAAUGCGAUUCCAAGAGCAACUCUUCAGUAUGCAACGCAAGCUCUAGUAAUCACAGGAGAAACCAAGAUUUCUCAAGGCAAAACAAGCACGGGUUUUCACGAAGCUGGAACAGGCAGAAUGAAGAGAGAGAUGGUUAUGAGAAUGUUGAGGAAUCUGAAGUGUUCUCUUCAAAAAAUGGGCCAUUGUUUUCUGGCUCUGGUAGCCCAAAAUUCCAAGCCACAUCAUCUCCAGGUCCAAGAGAAAUGGAGAUUGUUGAACUAUUCAGAAAGGUCCAGGCUGAACUUCGAGAAAGAGCAGCAAUCAAGGAAGAGAAGAAGAUUGAGGAUUCGCGAAGUCAAAGUAGAGAGAGCGAAACUGUUGAUUCCCUUCUCAAGCUUUUAAGGAAACAUUCAGUUCAACGAGGAAAGAGAAGUAGCAAUAGCAGCAGCAACAGAGACUUCAUUUUGGACCAGCCUGAACAGAAUGGUCCAUUCUCUGAAGAGAAAAGCACUAGCAUCUUUGACUCCAAUAACGCCGCAAAACAUGAUGCCUGGCACAAUGAAGGGGCUUUAAGCAGACCAAAAUCGAACUUCCAACGUAGAUCUCCAAUCCCUCAAAUGAAAUUCCAGCCCAGUUAUCCUGAUAAAGGUACUGUCAAUUCUGUCUCAGAAACAAACAUAAAUGGGAGAAGAAAGGAAACUAGUCCCAAGCCUGAUUAUGAUCACGAGCCCAAGCUUAUGGUUGAACCCGAACCCGAACCUGAACCUGAACCCGAGCAUGACCCUGAGCCUAUUUUUUCAGACGGGGAUGUAUUUGAUGAGAUGUCAGAGAAUGAAAUAUCUGAUAUUGAAGAAGAGGAUAGUGAUGAUGUUGAAACAGAAGAACAGAAUCUAGUUCAAUUGAAAGACUUAAGUGGAAUGAAGUUAGCUGAAUUAAGAGCUCUUGCAAAGUCUCGUGGCCUGAAAGGGUUCUCAAAGCUAAAGAAACGUGAGCUCCUGGAGUUGCUAACUGGGGGCUGAAUCUGAUUCAUUGAUACGUGAACAUGGAAAAUGAACUUACCAUGUUCAGAACAUGUUUACCUGCACCUUUUUUUGUUUGCAUGUCAUACUUUCACUUUUCUCGAGUUUAUGUGAUAUUCAAGUCAGUGACCUAAUCCUUUGGAAGAUUUGUGUAGUGGUGGAGUUUCUGUAGAGUAUGGAGUUUUGUUUCCUUAAUCUCUCUUGAUCACUAAUGGACCUCUUGACAGGGUUAGAUGUUUUCCUACCGAUUUUCUGCUGUUAAUUUUUAUAUUUCAUAUCUUUCUUUCUUACUCGUGUUUUAAUGCCAG